AUGGACCAGCCAGUUCCGUCGAACAAUAGUGAUUCCGCAGUGCCGCCCGAGUGUUCCAGCUACUCGGAAGUCAUGAGCCCACUGUACAUGGAGGCGUACUGCCAGUCGAUCGAGCAACCGGAGGCAUUUUGGGGCGAUUUGGCCGAACAGUUAAUCGAUUGGGAUCAGCCCUGGCAGAAAGUGCUGGACGAUAGCAACAGUCCGUUCACAAAGUGGUAUGUCGGCGGUAAGCUGAACGCGUGCUACAACGCGGUGGAUAGGCAUGUGCUGGCCAAGAAGGGCAGCAAGGUGGCCCUCAUUCACGACAGCCCCACGACGAACACCAUUCGCCAUGUGACGUACAAUGAGCUGUUUGAUAAGGUUUCCCGUUUGGCCGGCGGCCUCCGGAAGUUGGGUGUUAAGAAGGGCGACCGUGUGGUUAUCUAUAUGCCCCUGAUACCGGAGGUCAUCAUUGCCAUGCUGGCCACGGCCCGCCUAGGCGCCGUGCAUUCCGUAGUGUUUGGAGGCUUUGCGGCCAGUGAACUCUGCACGCGAAUAGAGCACGCCGAACCAACGGUCAUCAUUGCGGCCAACUGUGGCGUUGAGCCGCACAAGAUUAUCUACUACUUGGACAUCCUGCACGAAGCUGUGGCCAUGUCUCGCUGGAAGCCCCGGAAGAACAUCAUAUACCGUCGCGCGAACAUACUGAUGUCGGAGCUGGACGACGCGUGGGACGUGAGCUGGGAGAGUGCCCUGGACAGUCCGGUUGACUGUGUGCCGGUCGAUGCCAACGAUCCGUUGUACAUUCUCUACACCUCAGGAACGACAGACAAACCUAAGGGAAUUCAGCGACCGAUCGGCGGCCACCUGGUGACGCUGAUGUACACGAUGAACACGAUCUACGGAAUCCAGCAAGACGACGUCUGGUGGAACGCGUCGGAUCUUGGGUGGGUCGUCGGCCAUUCGUACAUCUGCUACGGGCCACUCCUCUACGGGGCCACGAGCGUCAUGUACGAAGGCAAGCCCGACCGGACCCCCGAUCCGGGACAGUACUUCCGGAUCAUCGAUCAGCACCGGGUCAGUGCCGUGUUCUCGGUGCCGACGGCCUUUCGCGUGAUCCGACGGGUCGAUCCGGAAGCGACUUUCAGCCGCAAGUAUAGCCUUAAAUCGCUGCGCACGAUCUUCAUCGCCGGAGAGCACUGCGAUCUAGAAACAAUGAAAUGGAUGCGCAACACGUUCAAAGUACCUGUGCUAAACCAAUGGUGGCAAACGGAAACCGGUUCGGCCAUCACGGCCACGUGCGUCGGAUUUUCGCAGAACCUGCAGACGCCACCCUUCACGACCGGGCUGCCCUUCUGUGGGUACGAUAUCUGCGUGCUGGACAAGAACGGUCACGAGGCGAAACCGAACGAACUGGGGCGCAUCGCCGUGAAACUCCCGCUGCCACCGGGCAACAUGGCGACUCUGUACCGCAGCGACGAGCUGUUCCGCAAGACGUACUUCCAACGGUUUCCGGGCUACUACGAUACGAUGGAUGCCGGUUACAAGGAUGAGAACGGGUACAUCUUUGUGACCGCCCGGGACGACGAUGUGAUCAACGUGGCGGGUCAUCGCAUUUCCACCUCCAGCCUCGAGGACGCCAUCCUGCGACACCCGGACGUGGCCGAUGCGGCCGUGUUUGGCGUGCCGGAACCGACCAAGGGCCAGAUACCGCUCUGUCUGUACGUGACGAAACCGAACGUAGCCAAGCCGCCGGCCAAGAUGUCCGUGGAGCUGAUCAACAUCAUCCGGGAGGUGAUCGGACCGAUCGCUGCGUUCAAGCUGGCCGCCCAAGUACAAAAUCUUCCACGCACCAGAUCCGGCAAAACGAUGCGCAAAUCGAUGGCCGAUUUGGCUGCCAACAAGCACAUCACGAUCCCGGCCACGAUCGAGGACCCGCACGUGUUUGUCGACGUUACGCGAGCCCUGCGCGAGCUCGGCUACGCAAUGGCCGCUCCCGAUCCGGAACUGCGGCAAACGACCGCGAGAUGAUGCGACGGCGCGCGCGCUCCUGAUUCCGUUUCGCUUUUUAAGGUUUUCCGUUUUCGCUCCGUUCGCUUCCUUACUUCCGUAGUAUAAACCGUUAAUAUUUUAUCAGCACUCUAAUAAAGCAAGAAACAUGGUA